AAAGAAUAAAGAUAAUAUAAUUUUGCAGGCAGAAAGUAUCGAGGACUUAACAUAAUCAUGUCUGCACCAUCAUCACAAACAAAUUCAUCAGGAUCAUUUCGCUACAGCAUGACAAUGUUUGAGAUGAAUCAACGUUUAUACAACAUAUUCAUCAUGGGCACUGGGCUCACUACUUUCAUGCCUACAGCUAUUUUCAAACUUAUCACGAGUGUUUUUUUUCAAUCUUUUCCACUUCAACUACGAGGUCCUCCUUUUGCUCUUAUACCGAGCCAAACCUUGUUCCAAGAGGGUCCAGAUUUCUUGCGGACAUUGUUAUCUCAAUUGCCAUCACCGUUAUUGCCACCGUCAUCGCUCAGACUCUUUGACACUGACAUUAUUGAAACACUAAUAAACAUGACUGCUGAUGAAAUUCGAAGAAUCUUCCACAUUGAUGAUCAUGUUGUUACUUCUUCAGAAUCUCAACUCCCAGAAAUUCCUAUGUGGAUUGUAAUCAGUGUUACUGAUAGCAGCAUGCAUUUAACAACACAAUAUCCUUUAAGAACGGUUCCAGCAGUCGAAAAACCCAUUGACACGUUGUUGAAGAAAUCUACAAUGUUACAGACUGGGCGUUGUUGUUGCAUAUGCUUGGAUGAAUUCGAUCUCAAUGCUGAGCGCUACACACUUCCAUGUCAACACUUCUUUCAUCAAAAAUGUAUUACGCGCUGGCUACAAACCAGUCAGACCUGCCCCAUGUGUCGCCAAUCUCUACAAACCCUAAAAGACUAG